CCGGGCGUCCAGGGGGUCGAGGGCGGGCAGACGCGGAGGACCGAGGCUUCGGGGCCUGAGAGCAAGAUCCAAUCAAAAGAAUGUGACAUUUGGAGAUAAAAACCUGAGUUUCAGAUCCCCGCUCCAUUACAUACUAAUACUGUCAUUUGGAAAUACGUAUUCAAGAUGAUGCUGCAGAUUUGGCUUGUACAAGCUUUGGUUGUUUUCCUCACCACUCAAUGUAUAGGUGAACUUGUGGAUACAUGUGGUGUUAUCAGCCCUGAAUCUCCAGUUAUACAACAUGGUUCUAAUUUCACCGCAUUUUGUGUGUUAAAUGAAAAAUGUAUGAGUAUUUAUGAAGUAAAUGCUUCUCACAUUAUCUGGAAAGCAAACCGUGUUCUCAUUCCUAAGGAACAAUACACCAUCAUCAAUACAACAACAUCCAGUGUCACCUUUACAAAUACCAGUUUAACAAACGUCCAGCUUAUAUGCAACAUUCUUGCAUUCGGACAGAUUGAGAUGAAUAUCUAUGGAGUCAGAAUGCGAACAGGCUUUCCUCCAGAAAAACCUAAAAAUUUGACUUGCAUUGUGAAUGAAGGAAAGAGGAUGAUGUGCCAGUGGGACCCUGGGAGGGAAACACACUUGGAAACAAAUUUCACUGUAAAGUCUGAGUGGGCAACAGAGAAGUUUGAAGAUUGUAAAGCAAAACCUGAAACCCCCACCUCAUGUAUUGUUGAGUAUUCUCCUGUGUAUUUUGUCAACAUUGAAGUCUGGGUAGAAGCACAGAAUGCCCUUGGGAAGGUUGCAUCAGAUCAUAUCAACUUUGAUCCUGUAGAUAAAGUGAAGCCCAAUCCACCUCGUAAUUUAUCAGUGAGCAACUCAGAGGAGCUGUCCAGUAUCUUAAAAUUAACAUGGAUCAAUCCAAGUAUUAUGAAUGUUAUGAGACUGAAAUAUGACAUUCAUUAUAAGACCAAAGAUGCUUCAACUUGGAGCCAGAUUCCUCCUGAAGACACAGCAACAACCCGAACUUCUUUCACUGUCCAGGACCUUAAACCAUUCACAGAAUAUGUGUUUAGGAUUCGCUGUAUGAAGGGAGAUGGAAAGGGCUUCUGGAGUGACUGGAGUGAAGACGCACGUGGGGUCACAUAUGAAGCUAGACCUUCGAAAGCACCAAGUUUUUGGUAUAAGAUACCAUCCCAUACUCAAGGCUCCAGAUCUGUACAGCUCAUAUGGAAGACACUGCCUCCUUCUGAGGCCAAUGGGAAAAUCUUGGAUUAUGAAGUGACUCUAACAAGAUGGAAAUCACGCUCACAAAAUUACACAGUAAAUGACACAAACUUGACAGUGAAUCUCACAAAUGAUCGCUAUAUAGCAACACUAGCAGCGAGAAAUCUGGUUGGCAAAUCAGAUGCAUCUGUUUUAACUAUCCCCGCCUGUGACUUUCAAGCUACUCACCCUAUAACGGACCUUAAAGCAUACCCUAAAGAUAACAUGCUCUGGGUGGAAUGGACUCCUCCAGGGAAAGCUGUAAGGAAAUACAUUCUCGAGUGGUGUGUGUUGUCAGAUAAAUCGCCCUGUAUCCCAGACUGGCAGCAAGAAAGUGGUAUCGUCCGUCGCACCUAUUUAAGAGGGGAGCUGUUGGGGAGCAAGUGUUACUUGAUAACAGUCACUCCAGUGUACAGCGACGGGCCAGGCAGCCCCGAGUCUACCAAGGCAUACCUCAAACAGGCUCCACCUUCCAAAGGACCUACUGUUCGGACAAAAAAAGUGGGGAAAAAUGAAGCUGUCUUACAGUGGGACCAGCUUCCUGUUGAUGUUCAGAAUGGAUUUAUCAGAAAUUAUACCAUAUUUUAUAGAACCAUCAUUGGAAAUGAAACUGCUGUGAAUGUAGAUUCUUCCCACACGGAAUACACAUUGACCUCUUUGAAUAGUGACACAUUGUACAUGGUACGAAUGACAGCGUACACAGAUGAAGGUGGAAAGGAUGGCCCAGAAUUCACUUUUACUACACCAAAGUUUGCUCAAGGAGAAAUAGAAGCCAUAGUUGUGCCUGUUUGCUUAGCAUUCCUGUUGACAACUCUUCUAGGUGUAUUGUUCUGCUUUAAUAAGCGAGACCUAAUUAAAAAGCACAUCUGGCCCAAUGUUCCAGACCCUUCAAAGAGUCAUAUUGCCCAGUGGUCACCUCACACGCCUCCCAGGCACAAUUUUAAUUCAAAAGAUCAAAUAUAUUCAGAUGGCAAUUUCACUGAUGUAAGUGUUGUGGAAAUAGAAGCAAAUGACAAAAAGCCUUUUCCAGAAGAUCUGAAAUCCUUGGACCUAUUCAAGAAGGAAAAAAUUAGUACUGAAGGACACAGCAGUGGCAUUGGGGGUUCUUCAUGCAUGUCAUCUUCUAGGCCAAGCAUUUCUAGUGGUGAUGAAAAUGAGUCUGCACAGAACACUUCAAGCACGGUCCAGUAUUCUACUGUGGUGCAUAGUGGCUACAGGCACCAGGUUCCAUCAGUUCAAGUUUUCUCCAGAUCCGAGUCCACCCAGCCCCUGUUAGAUUCAGAAGAGCGGCCGGAAGAUCUACAGUUGGUAGAUAAUGUAGACAGCGGUGAUGGCAUUUUGCCCCAGCAACAGUAUUUCAAACAGAACUGCCAUCAACCUAAAACCAGUCCAGAUAUUUCACAUUUUGAAAGGUCAAAGCAAGUUUCAUCAAGCAAUGAGGAAGAUUUUCUUAGACUUAAACAGCAGCAGAUUUCAGAUCCUAUUUCACAGUCCUGUGGAGCUGAGCAAAUGAAAAUGUUUCAGGGAGUUUCUACAACAGAUGUGUUCGGCUCCGAGACUGAGGCACCGGCAGAGAGAUUGGAAACAGCUGGGAUGGAGGCCGCAGUUGAUGAGGGAAUGCCUAAGAGUUACCUACCGCAGACUGUGAGGCAAGGUGGUUAUGUGCCUCAGUAAAAGACUAGUCCUCUUACUACUUCAACAGUACCUAUAAAGCUAAAGUAUUUUAUCUGUGAUCUCAGAUAAAGUAAUCUUCACUCCCUGAAGAUGAUCAUUUGCCCACAAGGGUGAAUCUCCCUUGGGCUAUUUCCAUGCCAGAAUAUCUGGGGUUGCACUUUAAGCACUACAGAAACUGACUUUAUCCUCUGAAUACUGAAUAAUUUUGUGUUCUUUCUGGAUGUUUGCACUGAAGAAAAUCGGCUCAUCUGAAAUUACAAAGUAAAACUUGUGUUUUCCUACAUAGAAGAUAGAAGUUACUUAAAUAAUGAAUGGUGACAUACAGUACUACACACACCUAUACUGUUUUUUCAUUAGAAUAAUCAUUGAAAAGUAUAUUAGGGAUGGUUAAUUAAAAAAAAAAAAUAGAGUAGCAAGGCCUGGGCCCUCUACUUCAGCUGCCCACAUAAAUUUUAAAAGAGGCCCCAAGGCCUUAACUACCUGAGCCUAGCUUUGAGGUCUGACAAAAGAAGGAAUGGUGAGGGCAGGUUUAUUCAUAGUUAAAACUCAUCAGUUCCCUUCUGUUGGUGACGGUGCUGCCACUUGUUACUAAGAAAAGGCAGUUAGAGCUUUAACUUGGCAGGUUAUAUUCAUUUCUUAAUAUGUAACUUUUAAAACCUCACUAAUUUUUUUAAAUUUACUUUCUAUUACUGAUAACUUUGAAGCUCUAUCUCACAAAUUCAGUGGAGUGCCCUGGUGAGAGCUACCUAUGGACACCACAAGCUAUCCUAAGCAUUUUAAAAAUUGCUCUUUUUAAAGGUUUAAAUUAAUAUUUUUCUUAUACAUACAUAUCCGUAUGUAUACAUAUAUACAUAUAUAAACAUCAUUGACCCAUGUUAAGACUUCAGAAGAUUUAGUUGAAAAGUACUUUCUACCAAUAUGUCAUCAGCCUAAAAUGUAUUUUAAUUGAAUAUACUUUUAAGAAUGCCAGGGUUUAAUUUUUUCUUUUUUAAUUAGGUAUUUGUAGCAAACUUAGAGGACAUUAUUCACCAAAACAAAAACAGAACCCCCAAAUUACGCAUAUUGAUGUAAGUAUCACAGCUAGCAAGUAUCCUUAUACCUAACUAAGAGGUAGGGUUUUUUGUUUUUUCUUAGGGUAGGUUUGCUUUUUGUUUUUCUUUGAGACAAGCUCUCACUGUGUUGCCUCCACUGGCCUUGAACUCCUGGGCUCAGGCAAACCCCUGCCCAGCCGCCUCAGUGGCCAGGACCGCAGGUGUGUGCUGCCCCAUCCAGCAGAAGAUGGCAUUCUCAUGUCUGCCCGUUACCUAAACCUCUUCCUUCCACUUGUUUUCUUCAGGGGAGAGGUGAACCAGACUUCUAACGCAUUUAUGCCAUCCCCUAUCACAUGUGACAUGGACGAAGGAUAGAUGCUGAGUAAAAGAAACUCACACAUCAUUAGUGAUUGACUACUACCAUCACGUGAAUUCAGAGGAAAAAGAUUUUUCUCAUAUAUUUUUACUUUCAGAAAACAGACUUAAAGUAGUUUCUAGGUUAUUAAAGAAAAAAAGGCUUAAGAAAAAUUGAUGCGCAUUUGUAGUUGAAAUAUUCUACUUUGUACUUUUUAAAUAUUGCUCAGAUUAGACUUCCUAUUAUAUUUUAUUUGUAUUUUUCCUUACAUUUGCAUAGUUCCUAAAACUUUGCUGAUUCUUUCACAUAUAUGAUCUUUGUGAGAUGGUAGGUGCUUUGUUCUGAUAGAUCCAGUUUCGUGCUUUAGGCAAAACCAACGUUAAAUUGGUAAAAUGACAGGAUUAGAAGUGGAUGAGGAAAAUAAGGCACAGAGAGGUCAAGGAGGGGUAGAAAAACCCAAAUUCACACUACAAGAUAAUGGCAUCACCGCUGUCCACGUUCGUCAUCAAAGGCUGGUUCAGAUCAGGACUGGACUUGUUCUGCUGUGUAUAUGUCCCUCAGGAACUUUGUACCUAUUAAAUUUUCAUUUUCUCAAAAUAGUAGUCAUGUUAUUGUACUGGUGUUUAGCCGUAACCUUCCUAUAACAAAGUGUUGUGAAGAAUGGUGUAGGGUGAUGUUUGUACGUUUUGGGGCAGUUAUAAAAUGUGAACUCACGGUAUGAGAAUGUUCAGUGAAGAAAUGACACCAUGUAAGUGAAUUUGCAUGUUGAAACCCGUAGAGAAUAUGGGACGGCGAGCAGUGCCCCCAGCCUUAGAGCACUUUCGGUAUAUUAAAUGGUUACGGUGCAAAAAUUCACUUAGGGAAUAUGUAUUUGAGCACUUACUGUGUGCAUUUUUGCCCUAAAGAAAAGAAGAACUUGUUUUAACUACAGUUACUUUCAUAGAGCAUGUUGUAGAGUAAUGUGUUUUGAUGCAUGUACAUUGUAUUUUAGGUACGUAGAGAAACAAAUCUGAUUUACAUAAAAAUAAGUAAAGUUAGUGGAUUUAUUACUCUUUAAAUCUUUAGUGUCUAAAAAGAUGUGGUUUAAGGUAGUGCUAGCACAUUAGAAAACAGCCUCUUCGUGGCCAAAACUAAUUCGCUGGUUUUGAUGUAGUUUCCCCCUUUAGAAUUAGGGGGGGAAAAUCCAACAUAUGUUGCAUGUGUUGCUGUUGUUAUUUGACUGUCAAUUACCAGUGUCUUUGGUAUCCUGACCUCAUCUGUCAUGAAAGCAUAGUGCUGAAGAACUAUUAGGAAACUGUAGAACUUCAUGCCUUCUAUCUUUUAUUAAAAUCUGAAUUUUUAAUCCUU